AUGAAAACCCAGCAACAUGGCAGUACUGACGAUGGCGACUGUGAAAAGGCAAUGCACACGGGUGAUGAAGACGCCGUUAAAUCUCCAACAACAGCAGAUGUAGAAAGUGCCAGAAAUGCCGCUCUCGUGGCCUUAUCUCCGACAGAAAAACGCAAAGUCAUCCGCCGGGUUGACUUACGGGUAACCUGUGUUCUAGGAUUGAUAUACUGCAUCAGCCAAAUGGACCGCAAUAAUCUCGGAUUUGCAGCAAUUGCUGGAAUGAACGCAGAUCUCGGCAUGGAUGGCACAAAAUACUCAAUAGUCAUCCUGGUCAUGUUCAUCACUUACGUGGCUUUUCAGCCUGUUGCGACUGUGUUGAUGCGGAUUAUUGGACCUCGAUACUUUCUGUCUGCUAUCACAGUCUCAUGGGGUGCUGUGGUAAUUGGCUUCGGAUUUUCCACAAAAUGGUGGGAAUUGAUACCACUCCGACUCGUGCUAGGAGCGCUAGAAGCUGGUGUUUUUCCUGGUUCGGUAUACCUUCUCUCAUGCUGGUAUCCCCGGUACGACCUGCAGAAGCGCACCGCAUUGUUUUACCUCAUUGGAACUAUUGCAAGUGCAUUUACGGGUAUCCUAGCAUAUGGUCUGUCGCAAAUGGAAGGCUUGGGAUCUGGAGCUGGUUUAGGCACUCAUUUUGGUCCAACUGAGGCCAACCCAAAUGCCCCGGCAGGCAUUAUGAGUAUGAGUGGCAUUGCGGGUUGGAGGUGGAUCUUUAUCAUGCUUGGCGUAAUCACCGUCGUCUGUGGCCUUAUUUCUCUGUUCUUCAUUGUCGACUUCCCAGAAAACGCUUCGAAGAAGUCCUUCGGGAUGACAUUUCUCAACGAGAAGGAGGUCGCAUUCUUCGUUGCAAGAAUUGAGGAGGACAGACUGGAUGUUGUUGCUGAAGAGUUUAACCUGCGCGCGUAUUUGAAAAACGCCGCAGAUCUGAAGCUGUGGGCAUUCGCUUCUCUGUUCGGUCUUACAACAACUACCAACUAUGCUGUGGCAUAUUUCUUGCCCAUCAUCCUCCGAAACAGCAUGGGCUUCUCGAUCGCCCAAGCACAAUGUCUUACUGCGCCUCCGUUUGUCGCUGCUGGUAUUACAAUGAUAACGCUGGGCUGGAUCUCCGACAAAUAUCGCAUUAGAGGUCCUAUUGUUCUUUUAAAUGCCACCGUGAGCAUUAUUGGUCUCUGCAUCUUAGGCUUUGCUAAGGGCACCGCCGUACGAUACUUUAGCGUCUUCCUUAUUGCAAGUACCGGAAACUCCAACACUCCUGGUAUAGUCACUUGGCAGUCAAACAACGUCAGGGGUCAGUGGAAAAGGGCUUUUGGCUCUGCUGCUGUUGUGGCUUUUGGUGGAUUAGGCGGGAUUAUUGGAGGAACAGUUUUUCGAACAGAAGAUGCCCCAUUGUAUCGACCUGGCAUCUACGCCUGCCUUAUCGCAAACUUCCUGAUUGUUGCCAUCAGUUUAAUUCUGAUGUUGACGCUGCACAGGGCAAACAAGCGGGCCGACGCGGGACAGAAGGUUAUCCAGGGUCUCGUCGGUUUUAGAUAUGCCGUUUAA